AUGAACUUCUCAGGGAGAGUUUGGAAAGCAAUACUGUGGGAAAACAAUGCCAAUCUGAUAGAUCGCCACUGUGGCUCAAACUUUACUAUUGUACGUGUGCAGCACAAGAGAUGGGCUGGUAAGCCUAGAGGCAUUCAGGAGACCUUGCCAUCCAUACCCGCGUCACUCCGUUCCUGCCUUUACUCGAACGAUUCAGUAUUCAUCCCUGCAGUCUUCGUCACCAGAAUCAAGUUCUCUUAG